AUGUUGGCGAGCAAACUGCUGGGUGUUGUUGGUAUAUUUCUGAUGGCAAACUACGCUGCUGUAAACGGGCGGUGUUGGAAGAAAGCCCCAAGCACUGCAGGGACACCGCAAUGCCCCUCUACUUGGAGCGAGUGGCAAGACAAAUGCUACAAGAUGCACGAUGGAUCUGUUACAUGGGAAGAGGGCAAGCAGAUUUGUGUUCAGUUGGGCGGGGUGAUGGUUGUCCCUCAAUCCGAAGAAGAAGUACAACAAAUCCUCAACAUGUGCGGUGGCCAAUGGUUCUGGAUUGGUUGCAACGACAAUGAAGCUGACGGUACCUGGGUGUGUCUGAAUGAUGAAGGACAAGAGAUGGUCUGCUAA